CGGGCGGGUCUGCAGCCGCCGCCCGCCACCGGGCGACCGGCCCCCGCCGCCCCGAGCCGCCCCCCCCCACCCCACCGGGGGUACGGGCGGGGAACCAGGAGAGGGAGACCGGGCGGACUCCGGGGCUGGGGGGUUUCCGUGCAACCCAGAAACCCCGUUUAGGAGGCGGGGCGGGCGCUCCGGGGGCGGGCGCAGGCCGGCGCGGCGCUCCCCGCCGCCGCGAUCCGGUCCCCGCGCAGCCGCAGGGGGAAGCGCCCGCCGCCGCCGCCGCUGCCGCCAUGGGCGUGCUGCCGGUGCCGGCGGAGGUGCGCGCCAUCCUGCUGGACAUCGAGGGCACCACCACCCCCAUCGCCUUCGUCCAGGAGACCUUGUUCCCUUACAUCAAAGAGAACGUGAAGGAGUAUCUGCGCGCUCACUGGGAGGAGGAGGAGUGCCAGCGGGACAUCGGACUUCUGAGGAAACAGGCUCAGGAGGACUCCAGCUUGGAUGGGGCUGUGCCAAUCCCUCUGGAGAGCGGCAGCGGGGAAGAGGAGCUGGAGCGGGUCAUCCAGGCCAUCGUAGACAAUGUGCACUGGCAGAUGUCCCUGGACAGGAAGACGACAGCACUGAAGCAGCUGCAGGGUCACAUGUGGAGGGCAGCCUAUGCAACUGGGCACAUCAAAGGAGAAAUCUUCGAGGACGUGGUUCCAGCCAUUCGGAAGUGGCGGGAAGCAGGGAUGAAGGUCUAUAUCUACUCCUCAGGCAGCAUUGAAGCCCAGAAGCUUCUGUUUGGAUACUCUACAGAAGGUGAUAUCCUAGAGCUCUUUGAUGGCCACUUUGAUACCAAAAUAGGUCCCAAGGUAGAAAGUGAGAGCUACAGAAGGAUUGCCGCCAGUAUUGGGUGCAUGAACAACAACAUCCUCUUCCUGACAGAUGUCCCUCGAGAAGCCAACGCAGCUGAGGAAGCAGAUACUCAUGUGGCUGUGGUGAUCAGACCAGGCAACGCAGGACUGACAGACGAUGAGAAAUCGUAUUACAACCUCAUCUCAUCUUUCACCGAACUUUUCCUGCCUUCCUCCACUUAGGGAAAGUGGUGCAUGCACAAAAGACUGUGCUUCACCCAAAUCGUCCUCGUGUAACGUUAGGUAAUUUUGUCCAUAAUCGGAAUUUAAAACCAAACCCACAUCGUGUCUUGGACCCACGACUAGUGCAGGCAGGUAUGGAUGGAGAGUGUGGUGUGGUGUCCCGUGUGCAGUAGGAUGGAGGCCUGCAGCAGUCAGCUGGAGCUGGAAACAGGGUGAAGAGCAUAAGCCCUGCUGUUCCUCCCCUUUCCCAGCUAGCAGUUAGCUCAGGGGAUACUUCCUUCAGACUCACCCAUUGAAAUCUGAUGCCGAGACGCCCCACCGUGAGUUCCAUCAUUUUUAGAAAUGGUCUGUAGACAAGAUCUAUGUCCCCCUGCCCCCAGAGGGGCCUCCAGGGACCAUUAGGGGAUAUGAGCUUCUUCCUGCAGACAGGGUUGCUGGCUAAGUCAAAACUUUCAAAGUCAGGGGGGUUAGGAUGCCCAAAGGAAAAGGCCAAAUGUGGGCUAUAAUACAGUAGGUUUGGGCUGCCACAGAAAAAGUCAGCCCUUGCUGCCGACAAGCUCUUUAGACCAGCAACAACUUAAAUCCUGGCCGUAUCCACAGCAGGGGUAGGUACCAAACAGUACAACCUGCAUAGGGAAGCUGCUUAGAGCUACACAGCCAGCCUACUGGAAUGAAGCAGAGUACAUAUAAAUAUAGCUUUAAAAAUUAAAUUCUCGACCCACCUCGCUGUUGCACUGUGGUGCUGGGCUAUGGGAUCCAACUGACUGAUCACCAAAGUCAGCCUGAACACAUUUGUGAAGUAUCUCCGUGGAGCUCCUCAGUAGCCAACAGCACCCUGUCACAUGUUCAUAGCACUGGUCAGCUGUGAGCAAACCUUGACAAACAACUGCUCCUGAUGGACACAUCCUGCUGCAUUUAAUGAGAAUUAAAACCCGACCUUUUCACCCACCCGACCUAAACUGUGCCAAUUUCUUUUGGGUGGUCACAGAGCUUUUCCUAAUGUAGUAAAUAAAACCACAACUUCGCUUUCAUGUGUUCACUCCAUCCCAGUAUUUAGCUUUCCUGUCUAUCACCAGUGUUGCCAGCACCUAAAGGCAAAUGGCUUGGUUUUUUAAACCUGUGAACAGUUUGUUUUCCUGCUUUUGCCCUCCCCUGUCCUUUUUUAAGGCAGACAACCCUAUUCUGGCAAGGAAGCUCUAUUAUCUCCCUGACUAUCUAACAUCAGUAGGGGCUCGGUGAGGGUGCAGGGAGCCACAGCUAGGUUGUACCCAGUGAUAGUGGAGGCAGAGGCAGCCUGAAACCCCAGUUCCCUGCUGCUGGCACUUCAUGCAUGGGCAUCACUUGCUACUUACUUGUCUGUGCAUGGCUGCACCUGAGCUCGCCCUCAUGAAGAGCCAAAAUAGAAUACUAACACACAUGUUGCCUUCCUGAGUUCUGCCUACACCGUCGGCUGUCCCUGAUGAGGGAGGCUGCUCUGUAAAGAACAAACAAGAGAGGCAUUUUGAGAGAAAACUACGUCGUGCCAGCAUCACCUUUCUAAAACUUUGAUGACAGCUGGUAAGGCUGUGAGGCAGCUAGUCUGGAUGCCUUUCUGAGAUGUGUAAUGAGUCUGAUCCUCCUCCUCCUAGAAAGAACCUGCUAAUUAGCACUGUUACAAUAAGUGUAUCUGCAUGGCUGAAUACUUCCUGGCUUCCUUAAGUGUUGAUUUUAAUCAUGACACUGUAAAUACUCAGCUUUUGUUUUGCCUUUGCCAUCAGAAAGCUAUGCAUGGGGUAGGGGACAAAAAUAAAACUCACUUUCUCCAUAAAA